AUUACACCAGAGUAAAACAGACUCUUCAAAAUAACUUUAUAAAAAUAAAGAGGUAUUCCGAUAUUAUUGAGCGCAAAAAUAGUCUGGAUCUCUUAUCAGUUAGUUUUCGGUUUUUCGAUUCGAUUCGGGAGUUCAGUUCUAAAUUAAUCAUCGGGCGAAAUGCAUGUGAUUUUUGGGAUCCUGUUGAUCUUGGGAGUUCUAAGAAAUUCUUUAUCGGAAUUCUGUGAUAAUGGAACUGGGGAGUGUAAGGAUCUGACAGCAACAGAUUGCCCGGCUGUAUUUUUCAACCUGCCUUUAAUUGGACGCCUUGUGAAAUAUUGCGACGAGUUCAACGACAUCGUCUGCUGUCCCCUGCCACUUAAUAUGCAAAGCCAGUCGCAGCAAUUCUCCGGAAACUUUGGCCUCAGGAGAUACGAAAAGGAGUGUCGUCGCUAUAACGAGAUAAGGGCUUCCUGCCGUUCCACACCAUUUAUUGUGGGUGGCGCCAAGGCCGCUGGCCGGGAAUUCCCCUUCAUGGCGCUACUUGGUCAGCGUGGGAAAAACUCCUCGCAAAUCGACUGGGACUGCGGUGGCACACUUAUCCAUCCCAAGUUCGUGCUAACCGCCGCCCACUGCUUGGAGACCAGCGAGACCAAGGAACAGCGUCUGGAUCCCAGUUACGAUUGCCCCAAAUAUGUGGUUCGAUUGGGGGAACUGGACUACAAAAGCGACUCGGAUGAUGCUCAGCCGCAGGACUUCCGGGUGGUAAACUAUGUGGUUCACCCAGCCUAUGGUGAGGAUGAUGACACUGGGAGUCGCAAGAACGACAUUGCCCUUGUGGAAUUGGAAAGGGAGGCGAUUUUCAACGAGUAUGUGGCACCUGCCUGCCUUCCACUGGCCAGUGGAAAUGAUCAUCUCCGGGUAACAGCCGCAGGAUGGGGAGCCACAUCGGAGGGAGGACACUCCUCCUCGCAUCUCCUCAAAGUCACCCUGGAAAGAUUCGAUGAGAAUCAGUGCAGCCAGCGGCUGGAGCAUAAAAUCGAUGUGCGUACCCAACUGUGUGCAGGCUCUCGGAACACCAGUGCGGAUACUUGUUAUGGCGACUCCGGCGGCCCCGUCUUCGUCCAGCAUCCCACGUACUCCUGCCUCAAGCAGGUCAUCGGCAUCACCUCAUACGGACUGGUCUGCGGUGUCCAGGGAUUGCCCAGUGUUUACACCAGAGUCCAUCUCUACACCGACUGGAUCGAGAAUAUCGUGUGGGGCGAGUAGGCGGGUAAAUAUUUAAACAAGUAAUUCGCAACUCUAACUGAAAGGUGGCAACUAAAGUUUGUACCUUUGGUUAGUAACGAUAUGUUAUGAAUGAAUUAUAUUUUACGCACAAAGUA